AUGCUGUCUCUAGUAUCACUUCUGCUAGCCGGGCAGGCCACAGCUGGCAUCCUGAACAUCGCACCCGGACUCGUCGGACGAAGGGAGGUGCCCGAGGAAGCCAUGCGUCGCUAUGUCGACACCAUCAUGUCCAGCCCACCAUUGUCCGAGUCCGCCGCCGUCACUCGUCGGCAAGCCGCGGCAACAGCGGCCGGGAUGAACGUGACCGCUUGGAACAUCGAGACACAAGCACUCUGUGCAGAUCAGCUCGAGUCCUUGAAGGGUGUAGCCACCAACCCAUCCGGUAUGGCCGUCUGCUACAACCUGCCUGCGCUCGACAACUCCACGGGCGUCUUCAUGGCCGACCUGCGACUGUACAUGGUUGCACAACCGACGGGGGACUUCACCGACAUCGCGAGCACGAAUGUGCAGGUGGGUCUGUCAUAUACUGGGGCGACGGUAUCUGCGCUUAAUCCUUCAACGAUGACGAGGAGGGACGAAGACGCGAAUAAUUUAAUUAGCGCGCCGAGGGAUGCGGUGAUUGGCAAGCGGAUGAUGAUCCCAGUGUUGGUACAGCAAUACGCUUUUGUCGGGCAGGUUAACAAGGAACUUCUGAUUGCCAAUAACGGAACCGUGAACCUCCAAAAGGUCCUCGUCCCGACCGUCUCGCUCACCGGCAAAACUGCAGCAGGCGCCACGGUCAAUACGUCCCUCUCUUCCUCGGAGGCGACCUUCGUCAACGGCGUCUUCUCCAAGGUCCUCUCGCCCACUACAUCGAAAGUCAUCCCGCCCAUCCAGACGCUCGUCGUCGCUUCCAAUCAGCCCUUCGUGGUCCCCGGUCUCACGAUCCUGAUUUUCCCCAUCGGGCUGAUAGUCACGGGCACGUGGACCGUGCUCUUCGUCGGAACCAUCGCGUACGGCACCGCGGGACGCAUACAGUGGCGGGACCAGUUCCGCCGGAGGUCGGUGUUGGCUAGUAAGGCGGAUGUGGCGAGGUUUUAG